GUAUAGGGGGAAAUGUGGCGGCGGUGGAGGUGGCGACGGUGGCGGAGGUGGAGGUGAAAGUGAGGCGGGAGAGGGUGUCAAGUUCAGCCGCCGCGGCGGCGAUGGAGCGUCCGGUCCGGUUUUCUUUCUCCGUGCGAGAAAAAAAGAGAGAGAUCUGUCCGCGUACGAGAGAGCGAGCCGGUGCUGUCCGCGUCCUGUAGCCUGCGGAGGAGCGGAGAAACGGAGGAAGAGGCAGAGGGGGGUCCGGCUUAUCGAAUAAUUCAGUCCAACUCGCCUGAUCGUUUGUUGUGGUCGCCGGAGACGAACUAAUUGCUUGUGGAUCUAUCUGACUGCGUGUACUUACUAGCUGUUAGCCUAGCCUGUUAGCUAGCUAUAUCUCUCAAACGCUUGUAAAUAGAUAAUCUAGUUAAAUUGCUAACUAAAUCACUAACCUAUCUCUCUGUUUGUGUUGUGGGGGCUUCUCGCUAAUCUAGCCUGCGUGUGAAAAAUGGAGAUGUUAGUUAAGCUCGUUUAUAGAUGGUUAGAUGAUGAUGGUGGUGGUAGCGUGUGACCGUGAGCUGCUGCUGCUGUUUUAGCUAAGCCUGGGUACAACUUGGGUGCAAGUUGCUGCGGUAACCUAGCGACCAAGAUAGGUUAGCUAAGCUAGCUGUUAGUUGAGGGGUUUAGCUAACUAAGCUUCGCUAAGGUAAGUUAGCUAGGUUAGUUUUAGUGUUUUGAUAAUGCUGAGAGAAAAACUUCGUUAACUAAUAGGUUAGAAAGAUAGUCAGUCUGAAUAAGUGAACUUUAAUAUUGUUUAGUCCUUAUAGAGCAAGUUAACUAACGUUAGUUAACUAAAUAACUAUUAAGCUAGUUGUGGGGGUUAGCUAGCUUAUCUAAGCUACGUUAGCUAGUUUGUUUAAAUAAUGCUGAGAGAAGCUUAGCUAACGUUAACUAGCAAUGGUUAGCUAGGUUAACUAGGUUAAAGACAUAGUCAGUGAAGCUAUUGAGCUAUUGACCUUAAUCUAACCAUUUAACUUAGUUAGCUACUUGUGGGGGUUAGCUAGCUAAGCUAGGUUAGCUUGUUUGUUUGCCUGGGUGCAAGUUGCCGUGGUAACCUGACCAAGAUAAGUUGGCUAAGCUAAUUAACUGGCAAGCUAACCUAACUAAGCUGUGGGGUUUAGCUAACCAAGCUAAGUUGACUGGAUUGUUUUAAUAAUAAUGAGAGAAGCUUUGUUAACUAACUAGGUUAGAGUGAUAGUAAUUGAAGCUAGUGAGUAAAAAAGGAUGAAAACACAAAGAUCAACACGGGUCAUGAAAGUUAAGUUGGCUAAGCUAGAUUAAUAAGUGAAUUUUAAUAUUGUUUCAGACAAUCCUUGUAGUGCAGCUUAGCUAAGCUAACUAGGCUAAAGCCUAACUUAUAUAGUUAGCUAGCUAGAUAGCUGGGCUAUGUUAGUUAAACUAUACUCCUUGGUUGUUUUUAUUUGUUGUAGUAAGUGAAUAACGGAAGGAAAGACAAAUAUCAUAAUAACCUAGCUAGCUAAUCUAUCUUACCUAAAUAAGUAGUUAGACUUUAAUAUUGUUUUGUCCUUUUAUAGCAAGUUUACUAGUUAAUACUAGUUAUAGCUAGAGCCUACAGUUGUAUGUAAGGUAGACUAGACUGGCUUUAACUAGCUAAUCUCCACUGAUUUUGUUGUUGUUUAUUAUUUGUUGUUAACUGUCGUUCAAACAAAAAACUUGGCUAGCAAGUGCAGCAACAGCUUAUAUAAUCUUGCAAUAUGAAGGGAACAUAUAUAAAAGAAUCUAUCUAAUGCAUAACUUGAGCACAGAACCCAGACCAAUGGCUCCGGCAUUGCUGUGUGCUUGUAGGAGGCGCGAGCAGCUCCGGAGUCAUGUCCAGAUCGGGGGACCGGACCUCCACGUUCGACCCGACCCACAGCGACACGCUGCUGCACGGGCUGAACCUGCUGUGGAGGAAGCAGCUUUUCUGCGACGUGACUCUGACCGCUCAGGGCCAGCAGUUCCACUGCCACAAAGCCGUGCUCGCCUCCUGCUCGCAGUACUUCAGGUCGCUCUUCUCCUCCUCCACCACCGGCGCCUGCACCGGCGGCGGCGGCGGCACCGCGCACAUGCUGAGCGGCGAGGGGCUCGGCAGCGGCAAGGAGCAGGGCAGCAGCGGCACCCCCUCCUCCUCGCCCGACGACAAGCUCCUGCCCAGCCCGCGCUCCAUCAACAACCUGGUGCUGCAGGGCUGCUCGUCCAUCGGCCUGCGCCUGGUGCUGGAGUACCUGUACACCGCCAACGUGACGCUGUCGCUGGACACGGUGGAGGAGGUGCUGUCCGUCAGCAAGAUCCUCAACAUCCCGCAGAUCACCAAGCUCAGCGUGCAGUUCCUCAACGACCAGAUCUCCGUGCAGAACUACAAGCAGAUCUGCAAGAUCGCCGCCCUGCACGGCCUGGACGAGACCAAGAAGCUCGCCAACAAGUACCUGGUGGAGGACGUGCUGCUGCUCAACUUUGAGGAGAUGUGCGCCAUGCUGGACGCCCUGCCGCCCCCCGUCGAGUCCGAGCUGGCCCUCUUCCAGAUGUCCGUGCUGUGGCUCGAGCACGACCGCGAGACGAGGAUGCACUACGCCCCGGACCUGAUGAAGCGGCUCCGCUUCGCCCUCAUCCCGGCCCCGGAGCUGGUGGAGCGGGUGCAGUCCGUGGACUUCAUGAGGAGCGACCCGGUGUGCCAGAAGCUCCUGCUGGACGCCAUGAACUACCACCUGAUGCCCUUCAGACAGCACUGCAGACAGACCACCGCCAGCAGGAUUCGCUCCAACAAAAAGAUGCUUCUGUUGGUUGGAGGUCUGCCCCCAGGUCCUGACCGCCUCCCCAGUAAUUUAGUGCAGUAUUACGAUGAUGAAAAGAAGACCUGGAAGAUCCUUACAAUAAUGCCUUAUAACAGCGCUCAUCACUGCGUAGUAGAAGUGGAGAACUUUCUUCUGCUGCUGGGUGGAGAAGACCAGUGGAAUCCAAAUGGCAAACACAGCACUAACUUCGUCAGUAGAUACGACCCGAGAUUCAACAGCUGGAUUCAGCUUCCUCCAAUGCAGGAGAGAAGGGCGAGUUUCUUCGCCUGCUGCCUAGAUAAACAUCUAUACGUAAUCGGCGGGAGGAACGAGACGGGCUACCUCUCCAGUGUGGAGGCUUAUAACCUGGAGACCAACGAGUGGAACUACGUUUCUUCCCUUCCACAGCCGCUCGCAGCACACGCCGGGGCGGUCCAUAAUGGGAAAAUCUACAUCUCAGGUGGAGUCCACAACGGGGAGUACGUGUCCUGGCUCUACUGUUAUGAUCCAGUGAUCGACGUGUGGGCCAGGAAACAGGACAUGAACACUAAACGUGCCAUACACGCCCUUGCUGGCAUGAACGAUCGCCUCUACGCCAUUGGAGGAAAUCAUUUAAAAGGAUUCUCUCAUCUGGAUGUGAUGUUGGUUGAAUGCUACGACCCUAAAGCUGAUCAGUGGAAUAUUCUGCAGACGCCUAUUCUAGAGGGCCGCAGCGGCCCCGGCUGUGCCGUUUUGGACGACAGCAUCUUCCUGGUUGGAGGCUACAGUUGGAGCAUGGGAGCGUACAAGUCAUCCACCAUCUGCUACAGUCCGGAGAAAGGCACAUGGACAGAACUGGAGGGGGACGUGGCAGAGCCUUUAGCUGGACCAGCCUGUGCCACAGUCAUACUGCCAGCCUGCCUGCCGUUUAACAAAUGACAGCGCAAGUCUGACGGCACGUUCACAGAUCAAUCAAGCCUUAGGAUGGAUAGAAGGUCCAUCGCUAAACACAACAGAAGAAGAGAGCGUCCGUGAGGAAUGCCCUCGGUUGGGGUGGAGGUGUACAAAUUAUUUUUUUACAGGUCUGACGAGAGCACUUUCUUUCUUUAAUAAAAUUUUAAAAAGACAUAUUAUUUGAUUUCAAGUACUUCACGCUCUUCUGUAUGGAAAUUGAGAUAUGUUCAUCUUUGAUCCAUUUUUUUAUUGUAAAUGUUUUUGGCUUAACUUGAUAUCGCACGCAUACUCUUCAACUGAACUGAUAUAGCGUCCAUUUGUACUUUGUAUUUUGUGCAGAACAUUAUUCCGAGGUAAUGCAAUGUUCGAUUGAAAUGUGUUUUAUGUCCUGGAAAGAAAUCAACAAAGGAUUGUGCUUAAUUCCGAACAAAAUCAUCAUUCAGUGUACACUGUAGAGUAGAAUACUGUCUGCCACACUCCUGCUUGUUAAAUAUCGUGGCCAUACUGUAUAUGGGACAUCAUUUGUACAGAGGAGAGGAAGCAGUCAAAAUAAAAGUCCUCUCACUUUUAAGUUAUGAGGAGUUAAAUUGGAUGAACAAUCAGCAUAUUGUUUACUGAGCCAUGUGCUGUAUAUGCAUGGCCUGAAGUAAGAAGCUGUAUUUUACGGUGGGUGCGUUUGUUUAGUUUGGGGUAUUACCUGUUAAUGUUUAACAGUGCCUAUUUCUAAGACAAGGUUCAUUAUUCCCUGUGUGUCAGAUAAUCAUGGAAUCAUGUUGUUGAUAAUUGGUUUCAUUCUAAAUUGGUGAAUCUAUCUGACUCAUGAGUGAAAUGAUACGCGUCGAUUAGGUUCCAGUACAGCACUGUGUAUAUAAUGUUCAUUUUUGUUCGUGUAAAUAAUCGCUUGCAGUGGAACAUUUUUGUGCCCAUAGGAUUUAUUAUCAAAUCCUCUUAUGUUAUUUACAUUUUAGACAAUGAAAAUAAAGCAAAAGGUCUGGAUUGUUA